CGGUAUCCGUAACGAAAAGUACACAAACGCCGACUGCUCUCCUUCUAGAAUCUAGAAGGUUUAGCGUUAGCAUUAGCAUUGUUGUUAAGAUGGUUUUUGAGAAACUGACGUGUUAAAUGUUAUUGUUCGCCUUUGGCUGCUUUUCUUUGUACAGUUUACCAUCGUUCCGACUGUAUUGUUGCUGAAAUUAUAGUAUUAUAGCGACUUAACGUAGCAAGCUAGCAGCUGUACUGUGAGCUGAUGCUAAUUAGUAGCCUUCAGUAAAAUGGAGACAGUCUACACUCAAGGCGUUUGGAUGGCAGAACAACUUCAGACAUACACGAAACAUUACAAAUCUUUCUGGUUGCUCGCUACUCAUAUGGGAGACCCAAAAGCGGCGUUUCUGCUUGUUUUCCCACCCGUUUUCUACCUGCACAGACGAACCGGUAUCGCCAUCCUUUGGGUGGCUGCUGUAUCGGAGUGGUUUAAUCUUGUUCUUAAAUGGGUCCUGUUUGGGGAUAGGCCUUACUGGUGGAUAGGUCAGUCUGGUUUAUUUGUGAAAAACAGCCCUUUGGUCACGCAGUUCCAGUCCACCUGUGAGACCGGACCAGGUAGCCCCUCAGGCCACGCCAUGGUCACUGCUGCAGUCUGGUGGGUGCUGGCAUCCUCCCUGUCUUCUUUUCUUCAUUCUCGCUCUGGCAGUAAGAUACUGGCUGCGAUACCGUACAUCUUCUACACGCUGCUGUUGGGAGCAGUUGGUCUGUCUCGAGUCUUCAUUCUGGCUCAUUUUCCACAUCAGGUUAUUGCUGGCAUCCUGACAGGCAUGAUGCUGGGAGUGUUUUUAAACCGCACAGUGCCGGAUUGUCGCCCCCUGCUGUUUUUCCUGUGCUGCAGUAUGGCUCUGCUGUUCGGGGCACUGCUCAUGCAUGCUGGGCUGAAUAAUUUUGGCAUCGACCUUGCCUGGUCUAUCCCAUUGGCCAAGAAAUGGUGUUCUAAGUCUGAGUGGGUUCGAAUGGACACAAAUCCAUUCUCUUCUCUGAGCCGUGAUGCUGGAGCACUUCUCGGGCUGGGUCUUGCCCAGUUCUGGAAACCUGGGGGAUGGCCACUUCCCUGGGUACCGAAGACCCUCUGCAUGGCUCUCUCCUCCAUGGCCCUGUACCAUGUGAGCCGGUUUCCUCUACCUACAGCUCCAGCCCUGCUUUUUUACUCACUCUUUUUCUUCAAAUACGUCAUAGUGCCCCAGGUUGUGAUGGUGCUGGUACCUGGCCUGGUGCAUCUCCUCACAGCCAAACCCAAGAAGGACUGAGAGGAGACUGACUUUUAACCUGUGCUGGAGUCAAAAAUGGGCACCGAAGGUAGUGUACCAUGAAAUGGCUGUGCCAGGAUUAUCACAUUAGUUGUCAUAAGUUAUAAUCCUACAUAAAAACCUUACCAAUGUCCAAGCCGAUGUUUUAUUUAGUGUGGACAGAAAAAGAACACAAAGACCAUUGUGACUGUAUUCAGACCAAAUGUAUUCUUUCCAAAACACCACAUGUACACCGGAGUGCAGUGGAACAGUGAAGCAUUUACAUUAAAGUGAGUCCUGCUCCCAAAUUA